AUGACGUCGUCUCCUUGCCUGGUCAACAGUCCGAACGGACACAUCCCAGCGUCGCAACGAAUCCCAGCUAUCGCUCGCCCCUUCGUCUCCCCUCGCGCCCUCAAAACCCUCGAUGCAGUCGAAAAGUUCGUCGAAGAAGAAUGUAUCCCCGCCGACGCCGUCUACAACCAAGCGCUUGGCGAGACAACGCAAGAGCGCUUCUCGGCGCACCCUCAGAUCAUGGAAGACCUCAAAGCCAAGGCCAAGCAAUUGGGUCUCUGGAACAUGUUCCUGCCCAGGAACCACUUUGCGAACGAAGGCGCCGGUUACAGUAACCUGGAAUAUGGGAUCAUGGCGGAGUAUCUGGGGCGGAGUCUGACGGCCAGCGAGGCGACGAAUUGCGCGGCGCCGGACACGGGGAAUAUGGAGGUCUUUGCGAAAUACGGCACCGAGGAACAAAAGAAGAAAUGGUUGAGGCCGUUGUUGGAUGGUGAAAUUCGGUCUGGGUUUUUGAUGACGGAGCCGCAAGUUGCGAGUAGUGAUGCUACGAAUAUUGAGCUGAGUAUGAAAGAGGAUGGUGAUUAUUUUGUUCUUAAUGGGCAGAAAUGGUGGGCGAGCGGCGUUGGUGAUCUCCGGACCAAGGUCUUCCUCGUUAUGGGCAAGUCAGAUCCAACAAAUGCAAACAAAUACAAGCAACAAACGGUGAUUGCUGUAUCAUCCGAUACGCCCGGGAUUACGAUCAAGCGCAUGCUUUCGGUCUUAGGCUAUGACGACGCGCCCCACGGCCACGGACAUGUAUACUUCGACAAUGUUCGCGUCCAUAAAAGCAACGUGAUUCUAGGCGAAGGGCGCGGUUUCGAAGUCGUUCAAGGCCGUCUCGGACCUGGUCGAAUCCAUCACGCAAUGAGAUCAGUGGGCGCGGCAGAGAAAGCCCUCGAAUAUUUCCUAGCCCGAGUGAAUGACCCUCGCAAGAGGCCCUUCGGCAAACAAUUGAGCGAGCAUGGGAUUAUGCUGGAGCGCAUCGCCAGAUCACGGAUCGAGAUCGACGCCGCUCGUCUGGCAGUUCUCAACGCUGCCAUCAUGAUCGACCAGGGAGAUGCCAAGCAUGCUCUCAAGGAAAUUGCCGAGGUCAAGGUCCAAGUGCCGCGCAUGUUACAAGAGAUUGUGGACCGUGCGAUACAGGCAUACGGUGCCGGUGGAGUGUCACAAGACUUCCCGUUGGCCAACAUGGCAUCUGGAGCGAGGACGAUGAGAAUCGUUGACGGCCCUGACGAGGUGCACAUGUUGCAGCUGGGCCGCAAUGAAAACAAGCGCGGCAAGGCCCUGCUGAGCAAGAUCGAAGCGCAAAAACAGAAGACACAAGCGCUACUCAAGCAAUAUGAUAUGGAGGAAAAGGAUAUACUGCAGCUUGACCGGCGCAGUGGACCGUCGUCGAAACUGUAG